AUGACUGUUGAGGAAAUAGCAAGAAAACUGGAGCAAAAGGACAACUACCUUCUCUCAACAGAGAACAAAUUCAAAGCCUUCAUGGAGAACUACAGCAAGAACUACACCACCAGAGAGGAGUAUCUCCGUCGCCUUGGAAUCUUUGCCGACAACAUCGUCACGGCCUUAAGACACCAAGUGCUUGAUCCCUCAGCCGCUCAUGGUGUCACACAGUUCUCAGAUCUCACACAAAUGGAAUUCUUGAGGCUGUACACUCACGGUUUGGUGUCUCAGAACGAAAAUAAAUUUACUGCCGAUAGGAUGGCGCCACCCUUGAAGGUGGAAGGGUUACCGGAAACUUUUGAUUGGAGGGAGAAAGGAGCGGUUACUGAAGUUAAGACUCAGGGUAUGUGUGGAGCUUGUUGGGCUUUCAGCACUACAGGAACUCUUGAAGGAGCUCAUUUUAUUGCAACGGGCAAGCUUCUUAAUCUUAGUGAACAACAGCUCAUAGACUGUGACAAUAAAUGUGACAUAACAGAUAAGACAGCAUGCGACAAUGGUUGUCAGGGUGGUCUUAUGACAAAUGCCUAUAACUAUUUGAUGGAAGCUGGCGGUGUGGAAGAGGAAGCAACAUAUCCCUACACUCAAAACAGAGGUGAAUGUAAAUUUGACAAAAACAAAAUAGUAGUUAGAGUAUCAAAUUUCACCAAUAUCCCUGCGGAUGAUGACCAAAUUGCUGCAUAUUUAGUCAAACAAGGCCCUCUUGCUAUUGGAGUGAAUGCAGUUUACAUGCAAACCUACAUAGGAGGUGUGUCAUGCCCUUUUAUAUGUGGAAAGAAGCCCAACCAUGGAGGGUUACUAGUUGGCUAUGGUACAAAAGGCUUCUCCAUCCUUAGACUUGGGAACAAACCAUACUGGAUAAUCAAGAAUUCAUGGGGGAAGCGUUGGGGAGAACAUGGGUAUUUCAAGAUUUGCAGAGGAUAUAACAUGUGUGGAGUGAACACGUUGUUGAAUGCUUUAGCAACAAGGAUUUCUCAUCGGGAACGCUUAAUUCUAGUAGAAAAUGAACUCUGUUUGGACAAAAGCAGUAAAUGUGCGAAAGUAUUUUCCAGAUCCUCUGACAUUCACAGGGCAAUAACUGUAAGGAAACUUGGAGAUGAAGCAAAAAGAUCCGGUGAUAAGGCCAGCUUAAGUUCUCAUUCCAAUGGGAAGCAAUCUUCCACUUUCAUUAAUCAUGCUGCAAUUGCUUGGCAUGAGAAUAGAAGGAAGUGGAUCGGUGAUAAGUCUCAAAAUCAACCAAGAAUAGCUAAGGAACCUGUUAUUAGUUGGUCAACAUCGUACGAAGAGCUGCUUUCCACUAACGAACCUUUUUCGGAGCCGAUACCCUUACCGGAGAUGGUAGAUUUCUUGGUUGAUGUUUGGCUUGAUGAGGAAGGCUUCUUUGACUAGAUUGUUGGCAACUUCUUAGAUACAUGAAUGAUUGGCAACUCAGAAAAAGAAACUGUGUAAAGCCUUUCUAACCUGUGUUCUCACUUCACUUACUGAUCAAUGAUCAUGAUAUGUUUUAGAGAGGGAAGGAGCUAGUUCUUGAGGAUCCUUAUAGUUUCACUCUUGAGGGUUGAUGGGUUAUUAUUAUUUUCCCCAAUUGAUCUAAUACCAAUUCCAUUGUUUGAUGAUGGGAAAUGAGUAAAUAUAUAUUCACAUCAUGUAUCUAUUCAGUUUAUUUGUGUCUGAUGAGCCAUCAGCUAACAUACAAAACAUGUUCAUGAUGAUAUUAAAUCCAUUUUGUAAUCAAUACUUCUUAAACAU